AUGAGUUUUUGGGGAAUUUUUCAAAAUAUCUUUAGCAGGACUACCAAUUCCAAUAUAAAUCUAAAAAAAGACGAUGAUUAUGAACUUCGGCGCCAUUUAGUUGUUAUGAAAGAAAUUGAAAAGUAUAAACGUUACCACAUCAAGAGUUUGAGUGAUUCUGAUAUCGAAACAAUUGCAGAAAGCAUAUAUAAACUUAUAAAGGAGUCUGGAGAAAUUUACCCACGAACAUAUAUGCUUUAUGAAGAAUUAAGAGAAAUAAAGAAAGUUUUGCUAUUGGAGGAUGCAAGAAUCAGAAGGGUAUUGGAAAAUCUUUGUCGUAAUACCCCAGAAGUGGGCGUGGAUUAUAAAUUUGAUGGGUUACGUAAGUUGCAAUCAUUUAUUGACGCCGCUCAUUAUCAGGCUAAUUCUGGAGAGAGCAUAUCCUUCGUAGACGAAUAUGUUUAG